AUGGCAACUGAUUGGCGCGAACUUUCCCGUGUCUCACUUCCAAGCCCUGCACGGGCCAGUAGCCCCAGUUCGUCACAGUCCCAGCCUCCGCAGAAGAACAGUCUCGCUUAUCUUGGCGUUGAGUGCAUUGCUCGGUCUCAGCAGUUUGACUUCAAUGGAGAGGAUACCACUCUGACGCAUGCGAGAGUCAAUGGUUAUGUUGAGUCUCUAAGACGUCGUGUUGCUGAACUUGAACAAAAAAUCAAGAUUGCCGAGCAGAAACAUGUUCAGGCCAGACAUACUUCUUUUGGUACAGCAGAUGCUGUUUCGCCCAUCAAUGGCAAACGCCGACGGUCAAAUUAUGGAUCUAUUUCAUCCGUGCCUGUGAGUGAACAGAUCGCUGCCAAUGGAGAGGAGCAGUCAAGUGUCCAAGACACCAUGAGCGCCAUUGGCCUCUUGUCUAACAAGGCCAUGGCCGAGUCUCGAACGAACACGGGUGACAGACCACAUAAACUCGCCAUCAUUGAGUCAAUAUCGGCAGCUCUUGCUGUAGAUGGUCGAGACCCUUCUAAAGCAUCAUCGUCGCAACCAGUGUAUGUGAUGGAUGACCAACUCAUCCCACUUACACGCGAGUUGACGCUCAGCCACUUCCAGCGGUUUCUCGACUGGAGCGUCUGGCUUCCACAUAUUGACGAACAUCGCUUAUUUGAGCAGUACGAGGCCGUACUGGAGAUGAGCAAUCAGGGCGCCGAUCCAGCUAGAACCGCACUGCCUCGCUUCAACACAUACCUGGCUGUGGCAAUAGGCAUCAGCAUGUCGCCUGAUACUGGUCGCCUUUCUUCACUGGCUAUAAAUCUACACGCUGCAGCUGUGAAGCUAUUGCCCUUCAUUCUCCACUCCCAAGGGCCUCUGGACACACUGCACUGCAUGCUUCUGCUUGCAGUCUUUUCAAUGUUUAGUGCUUCAGGUGGAUCAGCCUGGCACCUUAUGGGUUUUAUUAUGACGAAUUGCAUUGCUGCGGGCCUACACAAGACAGUACCACAACAGAACACAUCAGAUUCAGACGGCACUUAUCGGGUUGAGUGGCUAUUCUGGACAUCAGCUAUGGGUAGACCGUUCACCACUACGGAGGUUGACAUCUCAGUUUCAGUACCAGAUGUAACAGAGGACGAGAUAGAACCUCGCAUAUCAGGGGCAGUGAAAAAUAAGCUUAAUUUGAGUAAACAUCUUAUCACCCACGCUCAGCUUAUUUCAGAUGUACUUGGAAGGCACCAAUCCAGCCCGCUAUUUUCCUACAGCAACCUAUGCUUCUGGCGAGAGUUUCCCCCGCAAACCGGAGGCACUACUACCCCAACAAGCCCGCAAUUCGACUACCUGGAUCAGCUAGCAUGCCGGGCCCUAAUCCUAAUGGUCCAACCCAGAGACCAGAAUCUGACAAACUCCGAAGUCGAUGCUGAGAGUGACGGCGAAGUUGAAGCCGAUACGAUUAGUUGCUGCAAGGCACUCAUUGAGAAACUCUAUAACAGGUCGGGGAGUGGCACCACGGUAUCUUUCCUAGACGCAUAUGAUAUCUUGGCAGCUGCUGUCGCGUAUGUCUGUCUGGUUCAGCGCGCACCACAGCCGAAUCAACAAGGCUUGACGCAAACGUUCGAGGUAUGCUCAUCCAAGUUCUCUGCAUUGAGCAUUUUCCAGCAAUUCCUCCUGUCCCUUUCUACCAAGAUGAUGGGAGGACAGGGCAACCUGCAGAAUGACCAGGACUUCAUACCCCCCGAAAUUCCAAGUCAUUUACGUCGUAUAGUGCAACGCUAUUCCUCAUCAGGAACAGUCAGUAACUCGCUUUGA